AUGGUCUCAGCUCCUGCCAAGGAGUCAGCUCCGAUGCUCUUCCCCUCCGACGGGAAGCCACCCUACGUGCACCUGCGCGAAACGACCUUGACGUUCAGCAGGCCGCUGGGGGGAAACGAACUAGGUUACGUGCUGCUGCGUCGCACGCGCGGAUAUUACGACUCGUUCACCAUUGUUUCCCUCGUUUGUUCCGGUGGGCACACUAUCACCGACGACGAGGUCGUACAGGCCUGCGCAGCUCUCCGCCUCCGCCACCCUCUCCUCGCGUCUAAGGUCGCAUACAGCACCAUGGAACCCCCGACGCUGGUCUACACCUCCCCCCUUACUGAAGCCCACGCUGUUCGCGAGGCUAGGGCCCAAAUCGAAAUCCACGCCUUCCAUGAUCAGGAUGCCUCCACGGAGACACUUCGCGACCAGUGGUUAUACGCCAACCCUGAGGAGGCCCUCGACCUGCGUAACGGGACCUGUUCCCUCUACUGGGGGCGCGACACCGACUCGCGCUCUGGAAAGUACAUCCUCGGCUUCAUGACGCCACACUUCAUCACCGAUGGCCGCCGCCGGCUGAACCUCGUUCGCUGCAUGCUCGACUUGCUUGCCACCCCGGGUCGCGCUGCGCACGAAUUGGCAGCACACUUCAGUGGGAAAAUGCCAAUCGUGGAGAUCCCGCCCGCAUGGGAGAGCCUUUGUCCCGACAUGCGCACCACCGAUCCAGCCGAACUCGCGAAGGCAAAGGAGGCAUUCGACGAGCUCGUCAAAUUCAGGAGCAAGCCGCGAUUCGUGCGUCAAAUCUGGUCUACGGAAGAGACCAAGCGCAUCUUGAAAGCCUGCAAGGCUCACGGCGUCACGAUCACUCACCUCGCCAACAUCGCUAGCGCUUUCGCUACUGUGCAACAUCCAGGUGCUGCCGAUCGUAAUGGGGUUCCCAGAGACGAGGAUUCGUACUACUUCGAGUUCUCCCAGGCGAUCGACCUCAGCGCAAAAGUGCCCAGGCUGUCGAACAACGGGGAGAUGAGACGGCCGUUCGCAUGCCGCCAAAUCGGCAGGCCAGGACGCGAUUUGGGAUGCCGCGCGCCAAUUCAAGGAGCGGAGCGACGCCUUCGUGAAGUCACCUUACUUCUGGCACUUCAAUGGUUUCUACGGUGCGAUCGCUUCGAGAACUACAUGGCUCAGAUGACUGGCAAGCCGUUCGUGCCAUACAUGAGCAGCCUGGGCGACCUGAAGAGCAUCCUGCCGAUUCGUUACCCCGUCCAGCUCCCUCAUGUGAAUGGGGACGUCGACGGGUCGACGAGUCACAGCGCGGAGGUCCGAAUCUUGGACCAAAUCACGUCGGGGAAGAUCGAUCCGCAGGUAUCCAGCUUCCUGAUGUACACGUUCGACGAGAGCUUGAACCUCCAGUUCAAAUGGAACGCGGGUCGCUCGAGCUAUUCGCAAGUGGCCGACGACGAAGGCACUAUGUAG